AUCCCAUUCACAGCUCCAGAGGGCUGAUGAGCUUGUGUCUAACCCUAGUGAGUUCCUGUAGUAUGAGCUGUCUCUGUCUCCAGCAAGAUCAAAUGGAGCCAUUUAAUGAGGAGAUCCCACUGCCUUCACCAUGCAGUUUCCACGAUCAAUAAUUUAAAGAUUUGUUUUUUUUCUUCUUCUUUUUGUUGUUGUUUGCUCCAGCACAGAAGAUCAAGGCUGCACUUUGCUUGUGUUUUUUUUUUCUUUUUAAAAGGAAGUUGCAAGGAAAACAAACUAUAGAGUUCCAUUUGAGAACUUAUCCCCCUCCCCACCUCCACCCCACCCCUUACCCAAAAAAACACAAAAAUUAGGAGUGAUUUGAUGAAUUCAUAGGAAAGUACUAACUGAAAAAGUUCCAUCAGGUGAGAAGAGUAAUGACCAUCCUUUUCCUUACUAUGGUUAUUUCAUACUUCAGUUGCAUGAAAGCUGCCCCCAUGAAAGAAGCCAGUGUCAGAGGACAAAGUGGCCUGGCCUAUCCAGGUCUUCGGACCCACGGUACUCUGGAGAACAUAGGUGGGCCGAUGAGUGGGUCAAGAGGAGGAGGACUCCCAUCCCUGACGGAUACCUUUGAGCAUGUUAUAGAGGAACUCCUAGAAGAGGAGCAGACCAUAAGGCAGAGCGAGGAGAACAAGGACUCAGAUAUGUAUUCAUCCCGAGUUAUGCUAAGCACUCAAGUGCCUUUGGAGCCCCCUUUGCUUUUUCUCCUUGAGGAGUACAAAAACUACCUGGAUGCUGCAAACAUGACCAUGAGGGUGCGCCGCCACUCAGACCCUGCCCGAAGGGGGGAGCUGAGCGUGUGUGACAGUAUUAGUGAAUGGGUGACUGCGGCCGACAAGAAAACUGCAGUGGACAUGACAGGGCAAACUGUUACUGUUCUUGAAAAAGUCCCAGUACCCAAGGGUCAACUGAAACAAUAUUUCUAUGAGACCAAAUGCAAUCCUAUGGGCUACAUGAAGGAUGGUUGCAGGGGCAUCGACAAGAGGUACUGGAACUCGCAAUGCCGAACUACCCAGUCUUACGUGCGCGCGCUCACCAUGGAUAGCAAAAAAAAAGUUGGCUGGCGCUUUAUAAGGAUAGACACUUCUUGCGUAUGUACACUGACCAUUAAAAGAGGAAGAUAGUGAAUUUAUGUUGUAUAGAUUAUAUUGAGAAGAAAAAUUAUCUAUUUGUAUAUAUACAUAACAGGGUAAAUUAUUCAGUAAAAAAAAAAAAAUAAUAAUUUUAUGGACUGCAUGUAUAAAUGAAGUUUAUACAGUACCGUGGUUCUACAAAUCUAUUUAUUGAACAUAUUCAUAACCUAAAGGAAAAUAAUGACCUCUGCGCACAAAGUUGCCUGUUUUCUGCUGGCAGGGCGCCGGGCUCCAUUGCUGUGCAAUGCUUCCUGAGCCCCCUCCAGCACUACAUAGGUUAAGAGAUAAGCCUGCAUUACCUUCCUCAAUAACAUUGUGGUUUGUUGGUGUUGCCAAGAGUUGAAAACUUAAAAAAAAAAA